UGUGCGCGUGCACAGCAUACUUUUCAUAGAACAACAACUUGGAGCAGGGCCUCUGGGGUGGAGUAGGGAGGGAUGAGGCCAGGAGUGUGUGACUUGCUCAUCAGAAGACCCAAACAUCAGAAGAAGCUUCAGUGAAUAGCACAAGCAAUGAAGGAAAGGAAGAGGCCCCAAUUUUGCCCCAAUCAAGGCCCAAGAUCAAGUAAGAAAUACAUUUCUGCCAAAGAUUAUGACACCCUCACCAGCCAAAGCUAAGGAAAAGACCAAAAAGGAGAGAGAAGAAUGUCCUCCUAUCAAUGCUCAGGCACAGUAUUGUGACAUAGAUUGUAACAGCCUUGCCAUGGCAUAAAAGGGAAGUUAUGAUAGAUGAUUUUGCUAUAAAUCCAAUGAAGAUUGGGAUUACACACCGUGCACAUCACAGCUCUCACACAGGAACGGCUCCUAAAGAAGGAACCCAUGGCGCCAAAAUAAAUUGUAAUAUAAAACAACAGUAGAUGGGAGACUCAUCCAAUGCAACACUAUCUAAUUGAUUCUAGCAAACCACAAAAUACUGCCAUCCCCCGUUAUUGUGUGAGAUGAGAGAAAAAAGGGAUGACUGGAGAGAAAAGACGCAAAGAGAGGCAUCAUGAAGAGAACAUCGGAAGAAGUGAGGAAACAGAAAAGCUUUUUUCCUUCCCUCAAGAAACAUCAAGUCACUUUCAGGCCAAAAUGUUGGCUUCCAGAAAUCAUUCCGCAUGCCCAGAUUCCCACCCACUCCAAAAAUGUGAAGCGUCAGAGCAGCAUAGAAGGGUGAAUUUUCCACGUGUGAGAAAGCAAGGGAAUGUAAUAGAUGUCUCCAAUCCCAGUAUAACUUUCCUUUGAUAAGCAGUAGAUGGGAGACUCAUCCAACGCAAGAUUUCCUGAUUGACCCCAAGAAACCAAACAAUUGUCAUCAUUCAGAGGUUUCCCCCAAUAUAUCAUCUGAUGAGACUGAAAGGCCUGGGUCUUUCCAAAGAGGACAUUGCUGCCCUAGAAAAGGGAGAGUGGGUAAGAAAUACACCUUCAUCAUCGUCACCAUCUCCUCCUCUCAAAAUGUAUGUGCUUUUCUCAAGUCAAGCAAUGGAAGAAAUAUUUGUCCCCAUUUCUUUCCCAAUGCUUUCAGAGAACAGACUCCUGGCAAGGAUUCCUAACAUUUUGCAGGAAUUAUCCUGUGCAGAAAUAAGCAUGGUUUCUCUAUGCAAAAAAAGUCCACGCAAACAAUAAAUUGUUUAAACAAUGUGUGUGUAUGUGUUUCUUUUUGUGUGCAGAGAAACGAUGUGCAUUUUAUGGGAAAUGGUAAUUCUGCAUUAAUAUGUGUUUUGAAUCCAAACAGUAUCCAAGAGGGGGAUAGACUGGAGGCAGAGUGGAAACACCAGAUUGAAAACGAAAUAGUGCCUGAUGCACUAUUCACCAAAGUCACAAGACCCCUGGCAGCUAUGGCCAUACUCUCUUGCCCCAAAACCUUUCCUGUCAGAUUCCUGGAUUGUCAAAGUUGGGCCACAUUUGGGACUAGUUUCUGCCCUGACCCAGAGUCCACAGGCCAGAGCUGAAGGCUCCCCGGAGAGACAUGUUAAACGUUUGCAAAGUGCCGGAAUCGAAAUCUGCCCAACAGAGAGAAAGAGAGAGAAGAGAAGGGAAGAGAAGAGGGAGGCAGGCCUGGUCCAUGGUCAGUGGAGGAAGGAUGCUGAAGAUGCUGGGCCCUGAUUGGCUGAGAGGGAUGCAGGCGCCAGGGAUGCUCCACUGGCAGAAGGGAUGCUCAGGGAUUAUCAGAGCAUCUGCCUAGUUCUGAGCAACGCUUUCCCAGAUCCCAUGCCGCCGUCCUCUCUGAUGGAAGGGUCCCGGCGGAGGGAUGAGCUCCACGGGGAUCCACCGGGGUUUCCUCCGCAAAUACGGAGGCUUCCUCUUUAAGCAGUGGAAGGAGAAAUUCCUCGUCCUCUCGGUGGACGGCAGCCUUCUCGUCUGUCCAGACGCUGACUCUCCAGCUGAGCUUGGCAUCGCCUUGAGCACCAACUGUGAUGCCAUCCUGGAGGGCAGCCAGAUCUGCAACCUGCCACGGCUUCCAUUGGGUGCCCAGAGAGACAGCUGCUUGGGACUUCGCCUCAAUGAUGGGAAGGUCUUGCUCCUCCUGGCUCCGGACAGCCAAGAAUGCAGACAGUGGCUCAACGUCCUGAGAAAAGUCAAAGAGAGUUUUUCCCUAGGCUCUCCCUCCCGUUGCAAACUCCAUAUCAACUCCCCAGUGAGAAGACGCUGCAGGAAAGGAGGAAGCGGUGACAGCAGCAACAGCAACGGAGGGUCUCCCAGCAGCACCGAAAGGCAAGAAGCAACCCAGGCAAGCUUCUGCCAGGAGGUUUGCUCUCCUCAUUGCCUGCGCCAUGGAUCCCCGUCCCGCCCGGGUGUGAAAGCGGCAUGCAUUCUGGUGGGGGGAGCUGCGGCCGGCCCCACCAUAGGCUACAUGGUCACUUCGGCCACCGCUGGACACCCGACAGAGUCACACCCUCCGGACUUCAAAGAACUGGGUUACCACCCUUCUGCCUGUGACUCUGAGAUGCAAUACGAAGCUCUGGACUAUGAGGGGCUUGACCAGGACUUUGACAUGCUGGACUUUGGGGGGUUUGCCUUCUAGGUGCUGUCCUCAAUCCCAAAUCUAAAAGGGCUCCACGACCCACUGACGUCGACGCCUGGCAUUGAAAGGGCCAUCCUCACCACUUGGUACAUAGGGGACUAUUCCCCAAAAUCUUCACCAGCAGUUUCUUGCCAAUUUUCUUCUGAGAUAACAUUUCUGCUGUGCGUUUUGUAUCUUUGAUCUCUAUUUUUGGUGGGAUAAAGGGGCUAGUCAAUUUUGUUCUCUUUUUCCUCUUGUUUUGCAUUCAAUAAAGUCUUUUU